AUGAUUCAGGAAGACGGUGAAAUUGACCUCAAGGAUGUCGAGAUCCUUGAGCUUCUCAAAAAGUCAGAGCACUCUGUGAUUUUCAAGUAUCAUAAUCAACCUUACCGGGAAUGGGAUCCUCCCGACCGUGAAGUGAACUUCUACGUUUGCGAAUCCACUGCGUAUCGUCGGUUGAAGGCCAAAGGUUUCUGCGAGCGGAAAGUCAUUCCAAACUUCUACGGGACCAUCACAAACAUCCAGCCAAGAAAAUGGCCACAUUUGUGGAUGUUUUGUGAUGAUGAACUUCCUCCAACAGCCAUUGUCAUUGAAUAUGUGCCGGACAUGCAUCGAAUCGACCUUACCAACUUCUCACCCCAAAACGUGCAGAUACUGAGAGAGAUUCUUGAGGACAUGCAUCUCGCCGGGGUUCUUCACGAUGACACUUAUCCACGAAACAUGAUGAUCUCCAGAGACCCAAGCACGGACCAGGUCAGAGUUCUCUGGAUAGAUUUCGACCGUGCCCAAACUUUCUCCGAGAGUCUUUCGGGAUGGCAGAGAGAACAGUUGGAGGAGGAAACUGAAAUUAUGGACGAAUUUAUUCAGGGAUUGACCCAGGACAACGAGCAAGGUGAACUGUACCACUCCUACGCCUUCUAUUAUGGCGUGUUCGGACCGCUGGGAUGGGCAAUGGAUUAUGAGUGGGUCCAAGAGAAGUAUGCGAUCCCCGAACCACCUCCAGGACCAACGUGGGAGGAAUUCCAGCGGGCGGCCAAAGAGCAAGAAUCGCAAUGGAAAAUUGUUGGGGAGAAUACCAGGGAGGUCACGGUAGAAUGGGAUUCGUGA